CGUCCCUCCCGCCUCGCCGUCCAACGCCGAGGUCUGUUUACAAAUCUGGAGAGGAAGAACGCGUGUAAAAUCCUCCCAAAGUAAGAUUUACAGACGCGAACAAGAGACAUUGGUGGUUCAUAUAAGCUUAGAAACGUGUUACUAUCUUUCUCCGAUAAAUUUCCGAGCUCUCUUUUGCGGAAAACGGCCGUUUAUGAGCUUUAAAGAAAGAGCAGCUGCGCAGCGCAGGAGAUGACAGCAGCUGCUGCGCCACUGCUUCGUCUAACUUCGGCCUCACUCGCUUAAAAUCGGCUUUCGUUUUAAAAUAGUGGACGUUUUUCGUGUCUGUUCGAGAUGAACUGCCGCUCAGAGGUGCUGGAGGUGUCUCUGGAGGGCCGGCAGGUGGAUGAGGCCCUGCUGGCUCUGCUCCACACCAUCCUGCUGCACCGCAGCACGGGCAAGUUCCACUAUAAGAAGGAGGGCACCUACUCCAUCGGCACGGUGGGCACUCAGGACAUAGACUGCGACUUCAUCGACUUCACCUUCGUCCGAGUGUCCUCAGACGAGCUGGACCGGGUCAUCAGGAAAGCAGUGGGCGAGUUUAAGGAUGCUCUUGGCAACUCCGGCAGUGACGGAAUGGGCCAAAUCUCGCUGGAGUUCUACCAGAAGAAGAAGUCCCGCUGGCCGUUUUCUGACGAGUGCAUCCCCUGGGAGGUGUGGACCAUAAAGGUCAACGUCGUGAACUUGGCCAACGAGCAGGAGCGACAGAUAUGCCGAGAGAAAGUGGGCGAAAAGCUGGGCGAGAAAGUCAUCAACAUCGUGGAAGUCAUCAACCGGCACGAGUAUCUGCCAAAGAUGCCCACUCAGUCUGAAGUCGACAACGUGUUCGACACGAGCCUGAAAGACGUCCAGCCUUAUUUGUACAAAAUCACUUACCAAAUCACAGAUUCUCUCGGGACGUCUGUGAGCACCACGAUGAGGAGGCUGAUCAAGGACACUUUAGCUUUAUAAGAGGUUUUAUUAUCUGUGCUUGCUUUUAACGAAUCGUUUGGCAAAACAAUUACACAGUUUUUCCCCUUCUUACUUCAAACGUAGUCAAUCUGCCAAGACCUAUUUGCUGCUUUUUUAGUGUUUUAAGACUGGAGUUAGGGUUGGGAGGUAUAUCGGUAAUAAAGUAUACCACGAUAUUUAAAAAUUACACCUCUGAAAGGCUAAAUAAAGCCAAUUUCCACUUGUUUAUAUUGUAGAAGGGUCACUGAUUGGUGGUUUCGGAGCUCACUGAUAGAAAGAGGGGAAAAAUGAGAUAAACCUCAAUAAAAGUGAGGUGAUAGCAGCUCAACAGCUAAGAGCUCCACUCACAAGCUUUCACUCUAAAACCAGUCACUUCUCUCGGGUUAUCCUCCAAACAGGAAUCAGUUUAGCUUCAGUUAGCUAGAACCGAGCCUGUGCUGUGCUGUGUGGCACAUUUGAUCUGCUAACUAAGCUCUCAUUAGCUUAGCCAAAACGCUACAGUCCUAAACACCACAGAACAGCUUUGAUUUUUGUCACUCACUCCUCUUUUUACUCUGUCAGAUGUUAGUUUUUUAUCAUAUAAAAAUAUUAAAUAACACAUUAUGCUUGUUUAGCAGAGCAGCAGUCAGUCAGACUCAGACCUGUACUGUGGUGUGUGGCUCUUUUUGGGUCUUUAGCUGCUCGCUAAGCUCACAUUAAGAUCCAAACACCACAAAACAGGUUUAAUUUCUCCUUUCUGUCCCUUCAGCGCCAGCCGCUCGACUUCACCACCUCAGAUAUGAGUCUAUAUCAUCUAAACUUGUGUCGGCGCUUUAGUUAGGCAGAAUUAAAUAUGUUUUGUGGUGAAUAGAGCUCGCUAAGCUAAUGCUAACCAGCUCCUCUCUGCUAGUUAGCUGCUCUGUUUAACAGUUAGUGAUUGUUAGAAAGAUGGUUUGACUUCUGUUGAAUGAUGGCUUGAAAAUUGUGUGCUUAUUUGAUGACCAUGUUAGCAAACUAUACUUUUUGAUUAUUUUAUUUUGAACAAGAUGGCACAAAAGCAAUGUAAAUGCUUUUACGUCAGUUACGCCGCUUUUACGUUUCUGCCACUUGGUAAUACUGUAUACUGUGGUGAUAUUCAGAGACGAUUUCAAGGUACAAAACAGUGGAUACCACCCAACCCUAACUGGAGCUAAGAGGCUAACGUAGCUAAUAAGUAAUGGAAAGUAAUGGAAUGGAAGUAAUGGAAGCUUAUACCCCACCAAUUAGCAUGCAUGCUUAAGUUGCCUCAGACCGUGUGUUGUUAAAACAUUUUGGGUAGCAUUUUAGCUGCAUUAGCCUCGUAGCACCAGCGCUAAAACUAACAAAAUAGACACCAAACAUGUCUUGGCUGAUCAACUACAUUACAAACUCAAAAAAGAUGGUUCUUUAAGGGUUCUUUAUUAAAGGCAAUGCUUCUGUUUAGAACAGUGAGGUCUGUAUAGAACCAUUUGAUGCAAAAUGGCUCUUUGCAUGGUGGAACGAUUUUUCAGAUUGAUGGAGAAUAUGUUGUAUAUGGUUCUUUGUAUCUAUCUAUAUAUGUAUAUACACACACACACACACACACACACACACACACACACACAUAUAUACAUAUACAUAUAUCUGUAUAGCACCAAAAAGGUUCGGCUAUUGCUAUGAUGUCAAGCUUGUAACAAUUUAAGAACCCUUUCUGAUGCUUUGUAGAACAUUAUUUUCAAAAAGAUUCUAUAUAGAACCAUAUACAGCACAAUUCUCCAUCAAUUCAAAGAACCAUUUCACAAUGCAGAGAACAAUUUAAGCAUGCAAAUGGUUCUAUAUGCAACUCAUAGUUCUAAAUAGAACCAUUGCGGGCGCUGUGUCUAUUUGAUUUGUAGCCAAACAAUUCCUUUACAUUUAUUUAGGAACACUUAAUCCAUGAUCAUAAUCA